AUGGGCUCCAUUGAUCCCCAAACCAUCUGGCAGGAACGAGUCGCUAAGAAGCAGCAAGAAUGCUUCGACAAGAUCCCUACGGAAUGGAGAAUCUCCGACUUGACCACGGGCUUACAGGUCCCUUUGUCGGAAAACAAGAAUGACUUGAUCCAGGCCGAUAUCAUUCGCAAGGCUGGUCUUCUGACAGAGCGCGAGUUGGAAAUCACCGAGCAAUAUACCCCGACGGGUCUGGUUUCAGCGCUGGCCGACGGUAGAUUGACCUCAGUCGAGGUGACUCUGGCAUACUGUAAACGGGCUGCGGUCGCCCACCAGCUAGUUUCCUGCCUCACGGAGACCAUGUUUGCCGAAGCUCAGGCACGGGCUCAGUACUUGGACGAUCUCCGAGCCCAGGGUCGGUCAGCUGGGCCGCUCCACGGCCUCCCCGUGAGCAUCAAGGACAACUUUCACUACAAAGGCACGGAAGCCACAAUUGGAAUGGUCUCGUUCUUAGACGAGGUCUCCACGGAGAACUCGCCACUCGUGGAUAUCCUCCUGAAGCUGGGCGCGGUCAUCUAUGUCAAGACCAAUAUACCCCAGACCAUGAUGACCACCGAUUCUCACAACAACGUCUUUGGACGCACGCUGAACCCAUGGAAUACGGCGUUAGGUGCGGGGGGAUCCAGCGGUGGCGAGGGCGCCCUCAUCGCUCUCCGCGGAUCGCCUUUAGGUGUGGGCACUGAUAUUGGUGGCUCUGUCCGUAUCCCCGCCCUCUGCUGCGGGACUUAUGGGUUCCGGCCCAGCGCAUCCAGGAUCCCAAACGGCGGGAUGCGCAUCUGCAAUACCAGUGGGAUGAAGUUCAUUCUGUCCUGCGCCGGUCCGCUGUCACUUGAUCUCAACGGGGUCGAACUCCUAAUGGAGUCCGUUCUGAAUGCCCAACCGGCGUUAUACGACUCCACGGUGAUUGACGUACCCUGGCGGAAGGUGGACGUGAAGCCGAAGUUGAGGAUUGGCGUUGUCCCUGAGGACCCUAUUUUCCCUCUCCACCCGCCUGUGAGGAGGGUCCUGACGGAAGCUACGCGGAAGCUCGAAGCACAAGGACACCAGAUCAUUCCUCUGAGUGCAAAGGAAUGCCAACUAUUGGCCGUUAAUGCAGUCGCAUGGAGUAUAUUCCAGCUUGACGAUGCCGCCGUGAAGCAUAUCCUAUCGGCAGGAGAACCUGUGGUGCCGGCGAUGCAUCAUAUCAGAAAACAGGGUGAGGUGCUGCGACAGUUCCACUCGUCCUCCAUGCCGGAUGUGAGUGGCCUGGACCGACUCGGGCAGCUAGCUCUUCUCAAUACCAAGAGAGCGGAGCUUCGCGAGAUGUACAGGAAGUUGUGGGUACACUAUGAUCUCGACGUGUGCAUCUCCCCUCCAGCCCAGAGUACGGCCGUCGCUCAUGACACGUUCGGCCUGCCGCCGUAUACGGCUUUUUUGAACACUCUUGAUUAUCCUUCCUGCGUCAUUCCAUUCGGAAAAGUAGGCGAACAAGACGCUGCGGAGAAGUUUGAGCUUCAAGAUGGGCAGGUCGGUCCUGAUUACGAUUUCAAACAGCUCGAAGGCGCGCCCUGUUCGAUCCAAGUGUUCACGUCGACUAUGCGAGAUGAGGAAUGUCUGCAGAUGGCCAAGCAGAUUGAUCAGUGCCUGAAUGGUAGGACGUAG